AAUAGGACAACACGUUUCAUACCCAAACAGUCUUCGCAUGAGAGGGGAGAAACGAUGGAUGAAUAUCCUUAUCCCAUCACUGUAGACGUCAGUUGGACAAACUCGGUCUCUAAAGGGAUACAGAACAAGCUUCAGAUUUAUUUUCAAAGUAAAAAGAAGUCGAGUGGAGGGGACUGCUUCUGCUUGGUGCACUACGAGGAUCAACACUCCACUAGAGCAACUGUUUAUUUCAAAUCUGAGGAUGUCAGGGAAAGGGUUCUAUCGAGAGAUAACCAUGAAAUGACUGUAGACAAUGAAACUGUGAAGUUGCGUUUGUCAUCAUCAUCGGGGGAAAAUCUGAAAGAGGCUUGCUCUCCGUCGGUGAGUAGUUCAUGUCAGUGGUUCACAAACCUUUUAUAGUCCCGUACCCCUUCAAACAUUCAACCUCCAGCUGAAGACCCCCUCUAGCACCAGGGU